UAAAUGGCAGCCAAUGGAGGGUGGUGUUGCGCGGGGCUGGGAUUAGGGCCGGGGCGAAUGGCUGGCAAUCUUACUGGGAUUACAGAACAAAGAGCCUCCCCGCGCUCCCGCUCUCCGCUCCGCUCCCCGCGCCGCCCCGCCCUCCGCCGCAGCCCGCGCCGGGGGUGGGGGCCGCCGAGCGCCAGCCCCCCGGCCGGCCGAUCCCCCCCCGCGCCCCCUCCCCGCGCCUCCCUCCCCGCCCUCGCCGCGCCGCCGUCCUCGCCUCCCUCUGCCUCUCCUUCCCCCAUUCUCCCGGAUUAAUUAAGGAGGCAGCGGCAGGAGGCUGAGUCCUGGCCGCGGGCCGGGGCCGGGGCGCCGCUGGCAGGAGCGCUUGGGGAUCCUCCAAGGCGACCAUGGCCUUGCUGGGCAAGCGCUGUGACGUCCCCGCCAACGGCUGCGGACCCGACCGCUGGAACUCUGCCUUCACCCGCAAAGACGAGAUCAUCACCAGCCUCGUGUCUGCCUUAGACUCCAUGUGCUCAGCGCUGUCCAAACUGAACGCCGAGGUGGCCUGUGUCGCCGUGCACGAUGAGAGCGCCUUCGUGGUGGGCACGGAGAAGGGAAGAAUGUUCCUAAAUGCCCGGAAGGAGCUACAGUCAGAUUUCCUCAGGUUCUGCCGAGGGCCCCCAUGGAAGGAUCCGGAGGCAGAGCACCCCAAGAAGGUGCAGCGGGGUGAGGGCAGCGGCCGGAGCCUCCCUCGGUCCUCCCUGGAACACGGCUCAGAUGUGUACCUUCUGCGGAAGAUGGUAGAGGAGGUGUUUGAUGUUCUUUAUAGCGAGGCCCUGGGAAGGGCCAGCGUGGUGCCGCUGCCCUAUGAGAGGCUGCUCAGGGAGCCAGGGCUGCUGGCUGUACAGGGACUGCCAGAGGGCCUGGCCUUCCGGAGGCCGGCUGAGUAUGACCCCAAGGCCCUCAUGGCCAUCCUGGAACAUAGCCACCGCAUCCGCUUCAAGCUCAAGAGGCCACUUGAGGAUGGCGGGCGGGACUCGAAGGCCCUGGUGGAGUUGAAUGGUGUCUCCCUGAUACCCAAGGGGUCACGGGACUGUGGCCUGCAUGGCCAGGCCCCCAAGGUGCCACCCCAGGACCUGCCCCCCACCGCCGCCUCCUCCUCCAUGGCCAGCUUCCUGUACAGCACGGCGCUCCCCAACCACGCCAUCCGAGAGCUCAAGCAGGAAGCACCUUCCUGCCCCCUUGCCCCCAGCGACCUGGGUCUGAGUCGGCCCAUGCCAGAGCCCAAGUCCACUGGUGCCCAAGACUUCUCCGACUGUUGUGGACAGAAGCCCACCGGGCCUGGUGGGCCUCUCAUCCAGAACGUCCAUGCUUCCAAGCGCAUUCUCUUCUCCAUUGUCCAUGACAAGUCAGAGAAGUGGGACGCCUUCAUAAAGGAAACCGAGGACAUCAACACGCUCCGGGAGUGUGUGCAGAUCCUGUUUAACAGCAGAUAUGCGGAAGCCCUGGGCCUGGACCACAUGGUCCCCGUGCCCUACCGGAAGAUUGCCUGCGACCCGGAGGCUGUGGAGAUUGUGGGCAUCCCGGACAAGAUCCCCUUCAAGCGCCCCUGCACUUACGGAGUCCCCAAGCUGAAGCGGAUCCUGGAGGAGCGUCAUAGCAUCCACUUCAUCAUUAAGAGGAUGUUUGAUGAGCGAAUUUUCACAGGGAACAAGUUUACCAAAGACACCACGAAGCUGGAGCCAGCCAGCCCGCCAGAGGACACCUCUGCAGAGGUCUCUAGGGCCACCGUCCUUGACCUUGCUGGAAAUGCUCGGUCAGACAAGGGCAGCAUGUCUGAAGACUGCGGGCCAGGAACCUCCGGGGAGCUGGGCGGGCUGAGGCCUAUCAAAAUUGAGCCAGAGGAUCUGGACAUCAUUCAGGUCACCAUCCCAGACCCCUCGCCAACCUCUGAGGAAAUGACAGACUCGAUGCCUGGACACCUGCCAUCAGAGGAUUCUGGUUAUGGGAUGGAGAUGCUGACAGACAAAGGCCUGAGCGAGGACCCACGGCCUGAGGAGAGGCCUGUAGAGGACAGCCACGGUGAUGUGAUCCGGCCCCUGCGGAAGCAGGUGGAGCUGCUCUUCAACACACGAUAUGCCAAGGCCAUUGGCAUCUCAGAGCCCGUCAAGGUGCCGUACUCCAAGUUUCUGAUGCACCCGGAGGAGCUCUUCGUGGUGGGACUCCCUGAAGGCAUCUCCCUCCGCAGGCCCAACUGCUUCGGGAUCGCCAAGCUCCGGAAGAUUCUGGAGGCCAGCAACAGCAUCCAGUUUGUCAUCAAGAGGCCUGAGCUGCUCACUGAGGGAGUCAAAGAGCCCAUCGUGGAGAGUCAAGGAACUGCCUCCUCACUUGGCUUCUCUCCCCCUGCCCUGCCCCCAGAGAGGGAUUCCGGGGACCCUCUGGUGGACGAGAACCUGAAGAGACAGGGCUUUCAAGAAAAUUACGACGCGAGGCUGUCAAGGAUCGACAUCGCCAACACGCUAAGGGAGCAGGUCCAGGACCUUUUCAAUAAGAAAUACGGGGAAGCCUUGGGUAUCAAGUACCCGGUCCAGGUCCCCUACAAGCGGAUCAAGAGUAACCCCGGCUCCGUGAUCAUUGAGGGGCUGCCCCCAGGAAUCCCGUUCCGAAAGCCCUGCACCUUCGGCUCCCAGAACCUGGAGAGGAUUCUUGCUGUGGCCGACAAGAUCAAGUUCACAGUCACCAGGCCUUUCCAAGGACUCAUCCCAAAGCCUGAUGAAGAUGAUGCCAACAGACUCGGGGAAAAGGUGAUCCUGCGGGAGCAGGUGAAGGAACUCUUCAAUGAGAAAUACGGGGAGGCCCUGGGCCUGAACCGGCCGGUGCUGGUCCCUUAUAAACUAAUCCGGGACAGCCCAGAUGCCGUGGAGGUCACGGGCCUGCCUGAUGACAUCCCCUUCCGGAACCCCAACACCUACGACAUCCACCGGCUGGAGAAGAUCCUGAAGGCCCGAGAGCACGUCCGCAUGGUCAUCAUUAACCAGCUCCAACCCUUUGCAGAAAUCUGCAAUGAUGCCAAGGUGCCAGCCAAAGACAGCAGCAUUCCCAAGCGCAAGAGAAAGCGGGUCUCCGAAGGAAAUUCCGUCUCCUCUUCCUCCUCGUCUUCCUCUUCCUCGUCCUCUAACCCGGAUUCAGUGGCAUCGGCCAAUCAGAUCUCACUCGUGCAAUGGCCAAUGUACAUGGUGGACUAUGCCGGCCUGAACGUGCAGCUCCCGGGACCUCUUAAUUACUAGACCUCAGUACUGAAUCAGGACCUCACUCAGAAAGACUAAAGGAAAUGUAAUUUAUGUACAAAGUGUAUAUUCGGAUAUGUAUCGAUGCCUUUUAGUUUUUCCAAUGAUUUUUACACUAUAUUCCUGCCACCAAGGCCUUUUUAAAUAAGUAAAAAAAGAAAAAAAAA